AGAGGGUGACUUGAGCCAAACGGCGCGCGCGCUCUAGAAAAGCUUCUACUCGGGUAUUUAACUAAAGGGGAGGGAAAAAACAUCAUUUUCUUUUUAUCUCGAGUACUGGAACGAAGUAAUGUUGUCUUGGCUCCUGAGCUCUGGAUGAUAAUGGAAUAAUUUUCCUUCGAAGCCAUCAAAUGUUUCCAGUGGUGGAUUUCACUGUUUUGGAAUGUGUUUGAUGCGCAUUAACCUUUUUUUUCGACCUCCUCUGGGCUUGCCUACAUACUCUGCUUCAUGUUUCUUUUUUUCUGCCACUGGAAUAUGUGGAAAUUUACCGCUUGAUUCCACGACCUGUUUAGUGAUCAAAAGGCUUGAAUGAUGAAAAUCUUUUGAGAUGAAAAACAGCACUUUUGGGGAUCAUUUUUUGCUUGUGCGCGGCUCGUGCCUAAUCUCGCGCCUCAGCAGCCUGUUGUCUGUGUCCGUGGAGAAACGCACAACUUUGCCGCGAGCUGGAGCUGGAGCUGGAGCGGGGGCUGCGGCUGGUCUGAGCGGCGCACCAGGGCCACACGUGGGGUGCCAGGAGGGGGACCAACGGAGCGGCCCCGGUGUUCGGCCGGUCUGUGGUUGGACGGGGCAUUCGGCGCAGCUGUGGAGCGGGGAUGAUGAAGACGGUGGUGAUGAUGAUGAUGAAUGGCCCGGCAGCUCGGGCAGGCACCGGGAUCUCGCCACCCAUAUGUUUACUAUUGUGCGCCCUCGUCUUUCUCCCGCCGUGCGCUCACUCGCACCCGCAGCCGUGCCAGGUGCUGAAACGGAUCGGCCACACGGUUCGCAUCGGGGCUCUACAUGUUCAGCCUCGCUUGCUCUCCGCCACUGCCGGCAGCGGUUCUGAGGACUGGGAAGCCGAGGGAGGCUUGACAGGGAGCGGAGAGCGGCGGCUGAAGUUGGAAAAGCAGGUUAAAACAAGUGCCAGUGCGCCUGGGUAUGGGAGCCUCAGGACUAGAGGCGCCGUCAAUAGCCAGCGGGGAUCCAACAGGAAUAGGAGCCAGGCGCGGCAGCGGGAGGAGAACACCUCGAGGGAGAACCGGGUGUUCACACCCCGGGACUCGAUCCUACUCGCUGCAGAGGAUCUGAACCGGGCCGGAUUGCUGCCCUAUAAUUUGUCCCUGGAGCUGGUCAUGGCCGUGGGGUCCGGACUCGGCGAGCUGCCCGCGUUCUCCUUCUCCUCCGCGGGCAGCCCCGAGAACGAGGACCCGCUGUCCUUCGUGGAGAGCGUGUGUCACACCGUGGUCGUGCAGGGGGUUUCCGCCAUGAUCGCCUUUCCAGGGAACCGGGACGAGUUAGUUAAGCUGGAGUUCGUCUCGCUGGCGCUUCAGGUGCCAGUCGUCAGCGUUGUGCAGAGGGAGUUCACGCGCCACAGUGAGAAUCCUCUCCAUUUCCAAAUGGCAAUGCGAACUGUGGAGGCCCCACCAUCCCGCCUUCUCUACUCCCUUCUGAUGAUGAAUGGCUGGUGGGACAUCAGCGUUCUGCUCUGCCAGGAAUGGGACGUUAGUGACUUCCUCUUCCUCAUCAAAAACAACACCCGCUUCCACUUGGGCACUCUUGUCAACCUCACAACCACCACUUCAACCUUAUCACCAUCUUCAUCUUCACUGUCAUCGUCAGGAUCAGCAUCAGGUGUCGCAACAGGAGCAGAUGCUUCAUCUUCAUCAUCGUCUUUACCCUAUAUAUCCUCCGUCGCCUCAGCUCCCGCUUCCUCCUCAACUUCCUCCUCAAAAUCUGACCAGCAGCAAGCUCUCAUGAGGCAGCUGGAGGCCCUGAGAGAACCUUCAUCCACAACAGGGGUGGUGACGUUUGGGUGUGACAUCCGGGAGGUGCGCCGUCUGUGGACACUUGCCACCCGGAUGACGCUCCCAGAGUUUUACUGGGUCUUGGGGGACAGCCAGAAUGUGGCAGAGCUGAGAACAGAGGGGUUGCCCCUGGGGCUUCUGGCCCACGGGGUCAUGGGGUCCCCUUCUCUGGAUCACUAUGUCCAUGACUCAUUAGAGCUGGUGGCACGGGCAGUGGGCAGUGCAGCCCAGGAGAAUCCCGCAUUGGCACUCAUACCUGGGACUACGAACUGUAUGGAUGUACAACAGAGCAAUGGGAGCUCAGGGGAAUACUUGGCAAGAUUUCUUUCCAACACAUCAUUUGAGGGCCAGAGCGGCUUUAUAUCCAGAGACAGACACAGCCAAAAUGUCAUCUCCGAGGCCCAUCACUACAUCUGGUCCCUCCAGCUGGACCCCCUAGGCCAGCCAACCUGGACCCGCUUGGGACGCUGGCGCAGGGGGAGAGUUCUGAUGGACCAGGGGGCCUGGCCAAGCCAUUCAGGUUCUGGAGGCGGAGGCGACUGGCGUCGACCCACAAGGCUGCACAUGCGGGUGGUUACACUGGUAGAGCACCCAUUUGUAUUUACCCGUGAGGUGGACGGGGACGGGUUGUGUCCCGCAGGCCAGCUGUGCCUUGACCCACUCACCAAUGAGUCCUCAGUUUUGCAAGGGCUUUUCCAAAACCUUGCAGGACCCAAUGGAUCUGUUCCCACUGACCUAAAGAAGUGUUGUUAUGGAUACUGCAUUGACCUGCUGGAGAAGUUGGCAGAGGACAUGGGCUUCACUUUUGACCUCUAUAUUGUUGGCGAUGGGAAGUAUGGGGGGUUCAAAAAUGGCCGCUGGACUGGAUUGGUGGGUGAUCUGCUCAGUGGUGCUGCCCACCUAGCAGUCACUUCUUUUAGCAUUAAUUCAGCCAGAAGCCAAGUCAUUGACUUCACCUCACCUUUCUUCUCCACCAGCCUGGGAAUUCUGGUUCGUACUCGUGACACAGCUGCACCCAUCGGGGCCUUCAUGUGGCCUCUCCACUGGUCCAUGUGGCUCGGCAUCUUUGUCUCCCUUCAUGUCACUGCUGUGUUCCUCACCCUGUAUGAGUGGCACAGCCCAUUUGGUAUGACACCACGUGGACGCAACCGCGACCGGGUGUUCUCCUUCUCCUCAGCGCUCAACGUGUGCUACGCUAUUCUCUUUGGGAGAACUGUGGCCAUCAAGCCGCCAAAGUGCUGGACGGGUCGACUGCUGAUGAAUCUCUGGGCCAUCUUCUGUCUGUUCUGUCUGUCCACUUACACUGCUAAUCUGGCUGCUGUCAUGGUUGGGGAGAAGACCUACGAACAACUGUCAGGAAUACAUGACCCAAAGUUGCACCAUCCCUCUCAGGGAUUCCGAUUUGCCACAGUGAGAGAAAGCAGUGCAGAGGACUACGUCAAGAAGAGUUUCCCUGAGAUGCACGAGUACAUGAGAAGAUACAAUGUCCCGGCAACACCAGAUGGCAUACAUAAUCUCAAGGCAGACCCUCAGAAACUGGAUGCAUUCAUCAUGGACAAAGCUCUGCUGGACUAUGAGGUCUCCAUAGAUGCAGACUGUAAAACAUUAACAGUUGGAAAACCCUUUGCAAUAGAAGGCUACGGCAUUGGUCUCCCCCAGAACUCUCCACUCACCUCCAACAUUUCAGAGCUUGUUAGUCAGUACAAGUCAGAUGGCUUCAUGGACAUGCUGCAUGACAAAUGGUACAAAGUUGUGCCCUGCGGGAAGCGCAGCUUCGCUGUCACUGAGACUCUUCAGAUGGGCAUAAAGCAUUUCUCGGGUCUCUUUGUGAUGCUGUGCGUGGGCGUGGCCUUAUCUCUACUGACCACGAUAGCAGAACACAUCGUGUACAAGCUGGUGAUCCCGAGGGUCAAGGAGCCACGCUUCAAAUACUGGCUGCACACCAGUCAGAGAUUACACCGGGCCCUCAACUCAGUCUUCACUGAUGACAAACUACCGACUGUUACCAAGCCCGAGAAGAGGUGCAAUGAGGGAAACAACCAGUCAGUAUCUUGGAAUCCUGCAGAGUCCUCCCACUGUAACAGACGUAGGGUCCUUCCACAAGAGAUGCAGAAUGACCUAGAACGCCCAUCCUCCCAGGAUCUUCCUCCUCCGCCGCCCCCUUCUCCCCUGCCUCACCCUCAUCCUCUUCCCUUACUGGAGAAACACCUGCCCAUAGUGACCACCUCGAAUGGUCGCUCAGACCUGUUGGGGCGAGGACUGGGCCAAGGAUUGGGGCCAGGGCAGGGGGCCUCUGGACAGGGCCUAACACAGUGCCGGGGUUUGGGUGUGGGAGACUGCGGCCCCGGCCUAAGUGUUGGCCGGAACCCUCUGGUUCAGGAGCUGUCAGAACUGGAGGGUCAAAUCCUCGUAAUCAAACAGCAGCUGCAGUCAGCCAUGAGGAGGAAGAGAGAGCUAGAACAGUAUCAAUCAGAAAACCAGCAAGCAAACCAGACUGCACCCAGUCAGCCCACUACUCUCCAGUCUAACCAGUUUGCUCAAUAUACCCAGUCCCACCAGCAGACUAACCAACACACAAACACACUACCAGAGUUCUGAAGCUUUUCUCCUCUGUUUCUCCUGGUUAGACAUGGGACAAGUUUCCAAAACCUCUCACAGGUUCUGGAAAAUGAUCCUCACCUGAGUUCUGGAGUAGGAACCUUCACAGAUUUCUGGAAGAUGAAUCCUCCCUUAGGCUCAGGAGUUCCCCUGAACGCCAGACUGAGACAUUCUCCAGGGGUCAUAUCCUGCUCAGUAGGACAUUUUUCUGACUUCUGGAACAUAUGAUUUGAAUAAACAAGAGGCACUGGACAAAGGUGAACCAGGGAUCCUGAACCAAAUCUGUUCUCACUAGCUUGUUGCUGUCACUGAAGAGCUGUGCAACCCCUUCCUCUUCUUAACGUUCCUCCUAGUAUUUUCUCCAUCUCCUUUUCACCCUUUUUCUAAUCCCUCAAUUUUUUUCAUUUCCAUUCCCACUCCUCUCUACUCCGUCCUUUUGUCCCUCUCAUCCUUUCCCUUUAAGCCUUGUCUCUUCAAGGGUACAGAUUUGCUUGCCAUGAUGAUAGGCUUGGUCAUAGAUAUGAAGACUCUUUGGUAUUUAAGCUUAAUGGGCUAAUUCACCUGAGUCUAAUGUUGAGACUCAUUGAGAGAGUAAAAUGACCUGAGCUUGAACCCAGCCAGUUAAGUCUUUAUGUCCUUGUGUCUUGCUGAAACCUUGUAUCUUUGUGGGGGAAAGAGAAGAAAUAUAACUGCUGGUGAUUGGUUGAUUUAACCAUUGGCGCCUAAACAUUUCUGGCCUUUGACAGUGCGUUUAAUUUUUUCUGGCAUUUUUUUUCUGGUUAGUCUUUUCAGGGUUGGUUGGGCUAUUGUUACAAGUAGAAAAACAACAAAAAAGAUAUAAAGUUAUGGCAAGACACCUCUAUAUUCAUCAAGAACAUCUGGUUGGCAUCUUGUGGUGGAAUCUAGGACAGUACAAAAUCUUAUUUAUGGAUCACUGUAUAAUGUUGUCCUGCACUUCACUGAUGCACUGUUAGUUUUUUCAGGAAAGCUGCAACUACAAGUCAUCAUUUAACUUGUCAGAGUUUGAGUUAUGGUCUAGAAGUUUCGGUUUUUCAUAAUGGCUUCAGGGUUAUAAACAACACGGCAUCUGAAGAAGUAAUAAGGUACACAUAAAAUGAUAAGGGAAAAAAGCUUUUCUAGUCAGGGACCCAAAGCAAAACCUUUUUUCCCAACCUCUUAAUGUCAUACCAGUGCCCUUGUAAUAUCAUGACACAACAAACACAGGGUUACCAGUGAGUUUCUAAUACAAACUUAUUGUAGAAAAACAUAUGUGUCAACAUCAAGAUUCUGUAGACCACUCGCCAAACUCUGACAUGUUAUUUAACCAUGAUGAACAGUUCACCGCUGAACACACUGAAACAGUCCCUCUGUGAUGAGACCUGUUUUCUUGCAUCCUUUUCUGUUUGGGUUUGGAUGUGUUCUGUUAUUAAAAAUUACCUCUCUU